AUGGCAGAGUGUGGAUAUGGCUAUGGGCGGGCUGAAGUUGUGACGAUGGCCUCGGAGUAUGCUGUUUACCUAGAAAAACGGGACCAAGCCCAUCCUCUAACAAUGAAAUGGUUCCGUGGCUUUAUGUCAAGGUGGACGGAACUUAAAGUUUUGAAACCUCGUGGUCUUGAAUUACAACGGGCCAAGGCGAUCAACAUGACGUCAGUGACCAGAUAUUAUACUGAACUAGGGUCUAUUCUGGAUAAGUAUUGUUUGAAGGACAAACCAGAAAGAGUCUACAAUAUAGAUGAGAAGGGCCUGUCCACGUCACAUACUCCACCAUCAGUAGUGACCACUGAGACCGAAGUUCCAGCCGCUACAUCUGGUUCCAGAACACUCAUCACUGUGAUUGGCUGUGGCAACGCAUUGGGGUAUAGUGUGCCACCAUAUUUUGUUUUUCCAGGGGCCAGAAUGCGUUCGGAAUUAUUGGAAGGAGGUUGCAUUGGUGCUGAUGGAACUGUGUCUGAAUCUGGUUGGAGCAAUAGAAGUGUGUUUCGCAAAUACAUUGCAGAACACCUUUUGAAGUACUUACCUGAACGUUUCCCAGACAAACCUGUUCUCCUGCUGUAUGAUGGCCACAAGUCUCAUAUAAACCUUGGCUUAAUUGACUGGGCAAGAGAACAUAACGUGAUUUUGUUCAUACUGCCUGCUCACACCAGCCACGUGCUACAACCAUUAGAUGUGGGAUGCUUUGGACCUUUUGAACGAAUCUACAACUCUGUGUGCCAUCAGUUCAUGAGAGAUUACUGUGGGAAGAGUAUAAUUCGCUACAACUUUUGUAAACUGGGUUGUCAGGCAUAUGCAAAGGCACUCUCUGCUAGCAACCUACAAGCAUCCUUCCGAAAAACAGGCAUACACCCCUACAAUCCAUCAGUUGUUGAUGCAUUCCACUUCAAGCCUUCAGAGGUCCUACAUUCAAGCCCUUCGAUGCCAACACCACAGAGUGACGCUCAACCCACUGUUAAGGAAUUCUUUAAAGGCAAAGUAGCUGUACCCAAGCCAACUGACAGCACAACCAUAAAAAGGAAGUACCUCAGCACUAUAGUCAGUGGUAGGGCAAUCACUGAAGAUUCAGUUUUUGAAAAAGUGAGGGACCAUGCGCAGUCUAAGCACCAGAAAAAAUCUGCAACCCAGCAAGACCAUCAACCUGGACCAUCUGGAUCAGCAAGUCAGUCAAGGGUUGAUCAAAGUGCCAUGUCAGAAAGUGACCAGGAUGACUCAGACACUAAUGCAUGCUGCGUGUGUAAUCUGUUCACACCUGUUGAAGUGCACAACAGUACAUCUGUUGUGUUUGUCAAAUACGUGGUCUGGUUUGUGUGUGGAUACGUGGUCUGGUUUGUGUGCAGAUACGUGGUCCGGUUUGUAUGCGGAUACGUGGUCUGGUUUGUGUACGGAUUCGUUGUGUAA